CAUUGUAUCAAUGUACACAAAAGGUCUGCGAUGAAUACAGCAAUGAAACCGGCGCGAGUGGUGUCCCCGGGAUGAUGGCGCUCGGCCGACGGCGGCGGCGACGGCCGACAAGGGAUGCAGCUCGGUGGUGGACGCUGCUCUCUCGGCACCCAGCGCGGUCUCAGUGUCGCUCAAGUCGCGGCGCGCGGUGGUCGUGCGGCGAGCGCGCGUGAAGUGAUGUCCGAGAGAUGAGGCUGCCGCUGGUGCUACUGUGGCUGGGAGCGGCGGCGGCUUGCGGCCCGGGCCGCGGCUUCACCCACCGCCACGGACCGCGCCGCAUGACCCCUCUCGUCUUCAACCAGCACGAGCCCAACAUCAGUGAGAAUUCCAAAUCCGCCAGUGGCCCUCCCGAGGGCCGCAUCACGAGGGAAGACGAAAAGUUCAAAGACUUAGUGCCCAAUUAUAACCCGGACAUAGAGUUUAAGGAUGACGAGGGCACCGGAGCCGACCGCCUCAUGACACAGCGGUGCAAAGAGAAGUUGAACACGCUCGCCAUCAGUGUGAUGAACCAGUGGCCGGGGGUUCGACUCCGGGUCAUCGAGGGCUGGGACGAGGAGAACUCGGCUCACCUGGAAAACUCACUGCACUACGAGGGCCGGGCAGUGGACAUCACCACCAGCGACCGGGAUCGCAGCAAGUACGGCAUGCUGGCACGCCUUGCUGUGGAAGCCGACUUCGACUGGGUGUUCUAUGAGAGCCGGUCCUACAUACAUUGUUCUGUCAAGACAGAAUCAUCAGUGGGCACUGGAGCUGGUUGUUUUCCUUCUGGGUCUGUUGUACACACGGAAGAAGGUCCUCGGGACAUCGCUACUCUCAAGAAAGGCGAUCGAGUUCUGGGUGCAGAUGACGAUGGCAAGAUGGUCUAUUCAGAGGUUUUAACAUUUAUUGAUCGAGAACCAAACGCGACGCGACAGUUCGUCGAAGUGACAGCAGAGAACGGCGUGAGUAUAACAACCACGCCGUCACAUUUGCUGCUGCUAGCUGCCGCAGACGGAUGGCGGGAGUCCUUCGCCACCAACAUAGAAGCCGGUGACGUCCUCCUGACGAGAGGGCAGGGCAGCGUCAUGCGACCGUCGAGAGUUGUCAAAACUCGACUGGUAUCGAAGAGAGGGGUUUAUGCACCCCUCACAAGGACAGGGACUAUCAUUGUAGACGAUGCAUUGGCGUCUUGCUACGCUCUCGUGCGAAGCCAUGCUCUAGCGCACGCUGCAAUGGCUCCACUGCGCUGGAUGGCCGGCUGGACUUCCAACGAAGUCUCCCGCGGAGUCCAUUGGUACGCUAAUGCCCUCUACAACGUUGGCGACUAUGUCUUACCCGCCUCGUACAAGUAUCGCUGAAGUUCUAGUGUUGUGCUGCAAUGACUGAUCUAACAAGUGAUCAAAGACAAAUGCCGCGCGCAGGUCGCGCUCAUCGUGGACAUUGUAAAUAAACCUCUGUAAAUAGAAAAAAACGUUUGGAAAAUUGUAAAUACAAUCUUGUGUAUCAAAUAGUUUUAUAUAUGAAAACGAAUUAGUUUAAUUUGUCAUCGUCUGAACCGUGUCUAUUUAUUAAGUAGUUUUUAAAGACGACUUUGCAAAUUUUGCAUAUAUAACUAAUUAAGUUAACAUACAAAAUAUUUGUAAAUUGUGUCGGUAUUGUUAUUCUGCACAAUGCAGAAAUACUUAUCUGUAUGCGCUUAUGUUCUUUAAGUAGUUGUGUAGAUACUUUAAGCACUUUAUUAGCUAAUCUAAAUUAUCUAUUUGCCUAUUAGUGAAGUAUUAUUAGGUCUAUUGCAACGCAAAGCAGUAUUUGGUUUGUUCUCCAUGAUUGUAAACUUGACAUUCCAUGGCUCUAAUCCUUAUUACGUACCUAACACUUUACAAAAAAAUUGAUGUAAUGAAUUUGUGAUCUUGGUACCUAAAAAUGUGCCUUAAGAUUUUAUUUAUUGUUAACUAGGCUAGUUCUCUAUUUAAAAAUUGACGGAAACAAUCAUAACAUAGAUCUAUUCUUCUAACUUAUUUCGAUGCAUUUUUAACUUUAAGUUUAUAAGCUUUAUUAUUUAUUUGUUCUUUAUUGUCAUGCAUUGCUUGCUAUUUAUUUACUAUCAUUUAGUUAAGUAUCUGUACCUACCGACUGUAUGAUACGCCGUUUAAUUGUGAAAGUUUUGUUUUAAAAUUUGCUAAUUUUAAUUCAUGGACAGCCUUUAUAGUACCUUUAUUAUAUGAGCACAGAAUAGAGAAUGAUACAAAAUGAGUCUUUACAAGCUGCGCAAUAACUACCUAUAAAAAAUACUUCAUCUUUUUUUUUUAGUUUUUGUGAACAGUUUAUAAAAUAUUUAAAAACAUAAGACGCCAUUUUUCUUAAAUAAUAUUGAAAAUUACUGAUGUGACGUACUGACUCGAGAAUGUAUUCGUUUUGAAUUUGUAUUUGGAAUGGCUGCAUCACUGCCGUGUUCCAUGCGCUCUAUCUGCCUAUUAUUCUUUAAUCUGUGCAUAUUAGAUAAACAAGUUACAGUUGUAACUAGCUAAUUACCUACUUGAUAUAUUGACCAAUUCUAACAGUAGCUAAUAGCUCUUUUGUAAGUAUCCCAUCAGCCGUUAAUCGGGAAUCCCUAAAAGCUUUUUUAUGGGCAAAAGUUAUUUUCGGCAAUAUUACUUUUUUGUGAUUUUCCUGGAAAAGUGAAUAACACCGCCAUACGUCAUACGAAGGAAAAGCAGAUUUUACCCUCUGCUGAAUAUUUUUAGCAGGAAACAGAUUCUCUUGAAUACUUAUUAUUUAUUAAUCGAGACAGUAGGUAAUAAAGAAAUAUCACAAGAUGCUAUGAUGGUCAAUGCUAUUUCGCAAACUGAGUAUAAAUUGGCACAUAAGUGUCGCCGCACACGGGCCACACGCGACAGCCACAAAUGCCGCUACAAGAAGCAAGAAGGGGCCACAAAAGUAGCUGAAGCGUGCGACAGCCACUUGUGGCCGUUGGUCGACACUUGUGGUCGAUGACUGCUACUUUUUUACCCAUACAUACAGUAAACGAGUAACGAGUACAGUCGCGAGUGGCGUGUGGCGGCGUUUUUUUAUCACCGUUUAGUGGCCAGUGCGGGCCACAAGAAGCGAGCAGCUACGAUUGUAGCGUGUGGCGGCCACCGGCGUCAACCGUGUGCGGCGAGUCAAUAUAAAAUGUAUGAAAACUACAGGAAAUGUACCGGUAGCGGCGUUUUGUGUUUGUGGCCAGUGGCCCCUGUGAGGGAGCCCUAAUGCGAAAAUACGUCAAAAUUGUGGUUCCAAUAUAAUCGUAACAAAGUAUGGAGUUGGAAUUUAAAAUAAUUUGACAUUGAGCUAGGAGGUAUUGUUAAUUGGGAUUUUUUCAGAGAGGUGGCAAGACGGUACUUAAAUACUUAACUUACUAACUUAACUUUGAAAUGAGUAAUAUGAAAUUGUAAUAUUAAUAAUUUACAUUAGGCACUAUUGUAAAUUUUUCGAAAAAUAAUUAAUUUGAAAUAUGCAAAUUAAUAUCUUAUCUCUCUUUAUUUAAAACUCCAGUGGAUCGUACAAAAGAUCUUGGACUGAUGUUUAGGUUCCUAUAACUUGAUAAUAGUCGAAUGAUUUCUAAGCGGUAUCAAAUAAUAAUGUAAUCAGUAUUUAUAUAUCUGCUUAGACGUUCAUAGAUUUUUUAAGGCAAUUAGAAAAUUAGGGCGGUUCAUUAUGAUAAACUGUUUUAUAUUAAUUUGUAACAUUUAGUUACAAUUACUAUUUGUAACUUCAAAUACUUUCAACAUGAAUUUUUAGUAAAGUAAAUGUGCCAUAUUUCGGCAUUUUCUAUUUUGGGGAUGAUUUUUUGAAAAUAUAGCAUGGUACUAGUAUCAAAAACUGUUAUAAUCUGUAGAAUGCUUUUCUAUGAACAAUUGAGAACACAUAUUAUCUUUGCGACACUAGUAGGUAUAGACUUAAUUUAUAGAAACGUUAUCUAGGGGAUAAGGCAACUGAUGCCCUCUUUAUCUCGCCAUGACUUAGUAAAAUAUUAUUUGUAUAAAAAAAGGUAUUUUAACAAUAGUAUAUUUAUGCAUAAAAUACCUAUUCACGUGAUUUAUGGGAACUAUUUUAUUAUUUGGCGACAAUAUUCAAAAUACUAGUAUUCGUACUAAGUAUCCCGAAAUAUUGUACAUUUACCGUACUGUUUGGAAUCUAUAUUAUGUCUCCACUGUGUUUGUAAAGCCACCUAUAUGCGCUGAGCCCUAUAUAAUGUAUGGUCUCUAAAUAAGAACUGUUCGAAACAAUUAGAUGGAUGAAAUAAGGGCCUGUGAUAGCAAUACCCUCAUCAUUUUAGAAAAGCUAAAAUUUUUACAGAUUAUGCUCCUACCACUGCUAAGUACGGUUAGAAACCAUGGAAUAUACAUUAAUGGUUUGGAAGCUGAAGUAUUUUUAAGAGUCCAGAUUGUUAAUUGUCCAUUUCAUGUAAAAAAAGUGAUGUUUUUUUCGGAAUAUCAUAAGAGAUUACGUCAAUUCUUCAGACACUUAGCUUCAUUGGCUCCCUUUGCUAAAGACUCUUCAAUUUUUAACCAAUUUCCGAAAGAUUACCUCGAAGCGAAUGGCAACUCAACAUAUGCCGAAAAAAAUAUAAAAAAAAAUCCGUUUGUAUUUGGACGUUGGGGGUGGACCCUGGUUGAUAUCUUUCAAAACUACCAUGAUUCAAAGUCCCUGAAUUUCGUACUUUUUCUGGGUUAUGCAACACUUCCUAGCGCAUUGUACUUGUGCUCUUUAUAUUGAAUCAUUUUGUUGAGGCACCAGGGCAAUGUAAUUUAAAUCAUAUGUUAGUUUAGUUAUACUACAGCCCUACUCGAUUUGUACCUACUGUAUACUAACAAACAAAUUAAAAAUGAGUAUGUAAAUCACUAAGUCAUUUCACACCUAUUAAUUAACUUAUUCUUUAAUUAAUGUAAAUAAAUUCGAUUAAUAGACUUAGAACAAUUAGAUACAGAUAAUAUAUUUUAAAUAACAUUUUAAAAUCAAACAACACAUAAUUUAAAAUAAAUAAGUUAUGAAACGACAUGCGUUUUCUACCUUCAUUUCUAAUUUCUUUGUUGGUAAAUAGUACACAUCGAGUAGGGCUGUAUUCAAUAUGUGGCAUAUAAUUAUAACAUGUUUUCUUUCUUUAUUUACUUAUUUAUGUAGGUAGGAGCAUGGGGAAUAAAAUUUUAGCUUCUCUAAAAUCAUGUAGAUUUAGCAACCACAGGCUAUCGAUAUAAUAUUGUACUUUCUGCUUUCGACAUAUUAUUAUUACAUAGCUAAUAUAAAAUAUAGUAUAAUAUUAGUAAUCAUAUAACAUUUUUUGAAGCUUUAACUUUAUAUUUAACCUAAUUUACUUACAUGUGUACCCCAAAUGCCAUAUUGCACGAUGCAAACACAACGCAGUUUUAUACUAGUAUGCGCUAUUUUGAAAUGUAUCUUAUUAGAAACACUUAAUAGUAAGUGAAACACUUGUAAGCUAUAGAAUGCUAAUAUAAGUAAUUAUUUAAGUAUUCUUUCUAAAUGAUGUACAUACACAUUGUACGUAGAACUAUUUACUGUUAAAGUCUGUCGAAUACACACUCUGUAAACAAAAUAUAGUAAAGCGCUUUAAAUUGAACAUUUAUGUAAUGGUUGUACAUUAGUAUGUAUGUACUUCUGCUAAACAGAAUUGACAGACUAUCGUGUAAAUUAGAAUUAACUGUUCUGUGUAAUUAUUGCGCUUUCAUAUUAUUUAUUUAUUGAUGUUAUUUUUGUAUUGAUAUAAAAGUCUUAAAUAUCCAAA